AUGGGAUCUUUUGCUGGUUCUUGUGAAAUUGUGGAAGAGAAAGAUGAAGUGAGACUAUCAAAACAUUCAGGGAGAUACGGUAAGCAGAGAGAGUAUCACGGUUCUCUUGAGUAUGACAUUGAUAAGCUUUUUCAGUCUAUACCCGUGAAACCACCGACGAGGCUGUUAAGUUCUUCCUUCCAUAACAUUGAGACAAGUGCGAGUGCUGGUCCGAGCAGGACCACAAGCCCUUCAAAGAGAAUGGCCAUGAAGAAGCCAGGGACGCCUCAGUCUCCUAGAGUUCUUGGUCUCUCUGACUCGCUUUCUUUGAAGCAGGCUCUGAGGGAUCGCUGCAUUUCCAAGGCUUCGGAGAUGGCUGCUCAGAAACGGUUGUCUAAAUCUGCAGCUGCGUCUCCUAGGGUCUCUGAAGCAGACAGGAUUAAGAGUUUGUAUAAUCAAUCUACUACUAGAGUUGUUCCUGUGGACAAGGGUAAAGGAGCCUUGGUUGACGAGACAUGUUUGAUUCCGGUAAACAAUGAUAUACCAAGCACUUCAAGAAGCGUGUCUCAACGGUCUGAAGAGCCUUCUAACCCUGUUUCUGAGCUGGAGAUUAAGGAGUUGCAUAAAGCCAACAGAUCUGGGUCUUGUCUAAGUUCUGGAAGUGGAGAUUAUGAGAUAGAGUUAGAUGAAAACGUUGCCUCAACUUCUUCUACUCAAGCGUUAGAAGAUGAUGUGCAAGAAGUAGACAAGCAUGUUACCUCUGAUUCUAGCAAGAAAGAUAAUGCAGCAGAGCCUGAAAAGAAAAUUCUCUCAACCACUCUAGAUUUGAAGCAGAAAGGGAAGUUGGAUGAUGCACCUGGCACAGGAACAGAGAAAGUACGCAAGGUAACCAGAAUGAUCCCACGUCCCAAACAGCAACCCAAAAAGAAGAUUUUGGUUAAGAAGAAGUUAAAAAUUGGGAUAGUUUCUGUAACAAAAGAGGAUGAAAAAACCAAUAAACUCGUCUGCCAAAGAUGUCACUGUUCGUUGAAGAGCACCAGCAUCAAUAACCAACCUCCCUCGUAUACUACUACUCAUACACCAGAUGGUUUGACUUCUGUCUCAAACAAUGUUGGUAAAGAAGCUCAUCAAGUAGCUGAUGAGAACUCCUCUGGUUCUUGUAACAUUAGUCAAAGCUCCGAAGCCGAGAUUGUCAUCAUGAAACAAAACGUUUCCUCGAGCAAUGACAGUGGAAACAAAUUCGAAUUCUCCCUGAGUUCAAAAGACAGUCUUGGGGAUGAUUACAGCAGGAGCACAAGCAUGAGCGAGGAGAGCAAUUUAAGCAGGUUUAGCUGUGGGAACAAGCCUCACAUGUCCAUGGAUGUGAGAUGGGAAGCUAUAAAACAUGUCAAGUUGCAGUGCGGUUCUUUGGGUUUAAGACACUUCAACCUUUUAAAGAAACUCGGUUGUGGAGAUAUAGGAACAGUCUAUCUGGCUGAGUUGAUUGGUACAAACUGUUUGUUUGCUAUAAAGGUUAUGGACAACGAGUUCUUGGCAAGAAGGAAGAAGAGUCCAAGGGCACAAGCAGAACGUGAAAUACUUAAAAUGCUGGACCAUCCUUUUCUUCCUACGUUAUAUGCUCAGUUUACUUCGGAUAACUUGUCUUGUCUAGUCAUGGAGUAUUGUCCUGGAGGAGAUCUUCAUGUCCUUAGGCAGAAGCAGCUAGGUCGAUGUUUCCCUGAACCAGCAGCAAGGUUCUAUGUAGCUGAGAUCCUCCUUGCACUGGAGUACUUACACAUGCUUGGUAUCAUAUACCGAGAUCUGAAACCUGAAAACAUUCUAGUCCGUGAAGAUGGACACAUCAUGCUCACAGAUUUCGACCUCUCACUUCGAUGUGCAGUAAGCCCCACUCUUCUCAGAUCAACUUCUCCUCCCGAUCCCGCUAGAAUCUCAGGUCCACACAACACAUCCAACUGCAUACAACCCUUCUGCAUCACCGAACCAUCUUGCCAGGCUUCCUGUUUCAGUCCAAGACUCUCCUCAAACCAACAACAAAGUCGAAAACCGAAACGUGCUACUGAUCAUCUUGUGAAGAGAUCAUCAUUGCCUCAGCUCGUGGCUGAACCAACAGAAGCAAGAUCCAACUCCUUUGUGGGAACACACGAGUACUUAGCCCCUGAGAUCAUUAAAGGAGAAGGACACGGCGCCGCGGUUGACUGGUGGACUUUCGGGGUUCUUCUUUACGAGCUUUUAUACGGGAAAACACCUUUCAAAGGCUACAACAACGACGAUACUUUGGCAAAUGUUGUAUUACAGAACCUCAAGUUUCCUGAUAGCCCGCUUGUGAGCUUCCAGGCAAAGGAUUUGAUCAGAGGGCUUCUGGUUAAAGAACCGGAGAACCGGUUCGGGUCAGAGAAAGGUUCUGCUGAGAUCAAAAGACAUCCUUUCUUUGAUGGAUUGAACUGGGCUUUGAUCCGGUGCGCAACACCGCCUGAGCUGCCGGAUUUGUAUGAUGGACCUGGCUCACCAGGAGGCAAUGAUGAUAGGUAUCUUGAAUGUAAAGCCAUAGGGGAUCAUCUUGAGUUCGAGUUGUUUUAAGUUAAAAAAGGUUCUUUAUGCUUAAGACUGGUAAAAAAAGGUAUUCAGAGUAAACGUUGUUGUAAGCUAUUAUGUCUAAUAUGUAAAUUUUAGUCUCUUCUGAGAUUAUGUAAUCUCAUAUGUUCCACCAAACUUGUCAACUUGCAAUCAUUAAAGAGUAAAGAAGAAAAGCUUAAAAGAACAUCAUCAGCUUGGGCUCCUCC